AUUCGGAUAUACCUCUCUUCUUGUUCACAGUCCCCUCGUUUGUGGAUGUACGAGACGAACAGCUAUUGUUUUCUGUUUUUUCUUUUCUGGUAGAUACGUGGAAGCUUGGCUUAUAACGUUUAACAUUAAUUCACAGGCAGCGAGUUUGAACUUGGUCGUGUAGUGGGAGGUGAUUACAGUAUUAAACAAAGAGUUGAUGAGCAUUCAGCAACGUGCAUGACAUUAGUGAGUUAAAAGGGGAGAUAACUCAGCCAUGACUACUAGACUGUUAACGUGUUUCGUUUGCUUUUGCCUGGUAGCAUCGCAGGGACCAAUAGUGAGUCCACCAAAUAUCCAGGAGCCGAAAGCGGACAAAACUAGAUAUGUAAUUGGCAAGGUGGAGAUAUACUGCAAGGCUUUGGGAAACCCAAAACCAACAUAUGUCUGGCUGAGGGAUGGUCAGGAGAUUGAGAAGGAUGGGCAGUUCAUUAGGUACGACCCAGUGACUGGAACAGUGACGAUUCCCAACUUCACGUCCCGUGAGGAGGGUGCCUUCACGUGUCUCGCAAUGAACACCAUAAACCAAGAAGUCAUCAAGUCCAUAUCGCCAGAGAUAAAGCUAGUAAUGCAAAAAAUUAAUAAGUGGGGUGAUAAAACUCCCAGUGCUCCCAUUCUGCGACAUCCCGGUGACUACGCGGCUCUGUCGUGCGACAAUGCACCGAUCAGUACGCCCCCUGGGACGUUCAAAUGGUACCGAGAUGACAGAGGUUCCGAGAUCCACACUGAUGACAGGUUGUUCAUUGAUGCUGAAGGCACUCUGCAUUUUGCUUUUGUGCGGCUGGAUGAUGACCUGGGAGACAAGCCCUACAAAUGUGCGCUGUAUAACCACCCACUUGACAGAAUAUACCUGGGUGGCCCCAAAAUCCUCAAAGUGACAGAGCUCACACCGGGUGGAAUAAUCCCUCAGUCGAAGCCAGUAAUUGUCUAUCAAACAUCGGGUGCCCUUGGCAAGAUCCGAAGUACAAUUGAACUCGAGUGCACCUUCAGUGGAUAUCCAGUUCCCAUAGGAAGUAACAUCAAAUGGUAUGACAAUUCCAAGAAGGAGAUUCAAGAAAACAAUAAAUUCAAGUGGGAAGACCCAACUCGAAGACGCAUUUUGAAGAUAACUGACCUACAGGAAUCUGAUGAAGGAACUUAUUCGUGUACUGGACGAAACAUGCUCGGGAAGGCUAGCACUCAGAUAUUUCUCAAUGUUACUUCUGGUCCUAUCUGGGUGCGACGUAUGGUGUCGGUGACACGACCUGAAGGCCAGGAUGUUGAGUUCCCAUGCCUCACACGACCAGCCAUGGGGGAGAGAGAGUUGGACACACCCGUGUGGUACAAGAAUGGACAACAAAUACCAAUUCAGAACUCCGAUAAGUUUCAGUUCAGUGACCUGAAUCGUGUUCUGACGGUGAAGAAUAUAAACAAGAAAACGGAUAUCAUGUGUUUACAGUGUCUGGUGAAAAAUGAAAUUGGACGUGCUUUCGGAGACGGCUGUCUGAACGUUGUCUUGCCUAUUACUAUCAACGAGCGGCCGCCUGAGAAGCAGGAGAUUUUGAAGGGUGACGUGGUGCAGCUGACUGUGAGGGCCAGCACCGAGGAAGGCGUGGACCUUCAGUAUCAGUGGUUUUUCAACAACACCAAGUACGACAUCAACCCCCCAGAUCACGUCACCUACGACCCCUUAACUCUGGAGGCUUUCAUCAACACGUCUGUGCUCACGGACGAGCAGUACAGAAAGAUUAAUGGAACGUACAUCCGUGAGGUGUUUUACGACUUUGACCGCAUCAACGUCACAACAGAAGUCAUUCUUAAAGAACUGCCAGUGAUUGGUCCAGUCGCAACAGCUCAGCAGGACUUGUGGUGGAUCGCCCUCAUCAUCGCCCUCAUCAUCCUCAUUGUGGUCAUUAUCAUCAUCUGCAUCGUCUGCUACCGCAAGAAACAAGAAGGAGUCUAUCCAUUGGACAAGAAGGAGAGAGCAUCUGAUCUUGAUCCAGAAAAGGAUUUGGCCGACAGUGGAUUCCACGACCUGUCUAGAGCAGACCCAGAUGAUGACUACCCAAGUAAGCCCAAGAUCAACCCAGACAGCCUGGAUGACGAUCAGUUCAGUGAUAAUGAGGAUGACGCCAGUUUGAUGGAGUAUGGCGGAGACAUCGACCCUGGCAAGUUCAAUGAGGAUGGCUCAUUCAUCGGACAGUACGCACCCCGCAAACCUCCCCCGCCAGUGUCUUACCAACCCAACGAAAUGGGAGGCAACAUUGGCCAUUCUGAGGUUUAACAGCCUAACAUCACAGAGAAGAAACAACAUGUCCAAGUGCUGUAUUUUUAGCCCCUGUCUGAUUGUUGGAUUGAAUGGUUCUUUCGUUGAAUGUCGAAUGAAAUCUUUUAAUUUUGUUAUAACCACAAUUUUAACCACACUAGAUGUAUAGUAGAUUUGGUAAUAUUUUGUAAAUGAAAUUAGAAUGGCAUAGUGGUUUGAGUGUGUGAUUAAGUGGUUGUGUAUAUGUGUGUGUGCAUGCUUGCUUGUGUGUAUGUGUGCAUGUGUGUACAUGCUAUGGGGCUCAGUUAAGAGAAUAUCAGUUUUGCAAACAAUAUGUUUUUAAAAAAAAGUAAAAAAUGAAAAAAAAAAAUGGAAUGGUGUUAAAAUAUUUUAAGACUAUUUUUCUACUGUAUUUGUGGUUGUUAUUUUAUCUUGAUUCUUAACCAUCUGUGGUCGAAGAAUACCCAUUUAUUGAAUAAAGUUUUAAUUUUUAUGGUUGGAUGGAUUUUGAACCACUAGAAAAUGGAAUUAUUGAAUGCACAAUGCUUUAAUUUGUUGAAAAGUCAAAGGCAUCUGCAUUUUUUCUACAGCUUUCCAAUGAAUAUGCAAAACAGCUACAGUUGUAUAGUAUGCAUAUGUUGCAUAAUUAAGGUUGCAAAUUUUGUUCAUCCAUUCACUACGCAUGAAUCUGAUGUAAAGAAUGUUUUAGGUUCACCGAAACCCUUUCACCAUGUAGACAUGAACAGUGACCAAUAAUGUGUGUAUAGGUGACUUCAUGGAUCUGUAUCUCAGCAAUACUGGUACUUUUUACUAUGUCCCAUUUUCUUAACAAUUUUUCCUUUGCUUGUUCAGUUUGUCUUUUGUUAAGUUACUCUGUCACUCAUCAAAGUGUUUCACAAUGUUUGCUUUACAGUCAGGCCAUUGGAUACUAGUAUUAUAUAUCAUUUCAUGUGGUUACCUAUUAGGCAGUUGAAACAAGUAAACAGCAUAUCAGUUUAACUCUUAUCUUAGAAGGUUUGUCCUGGAACUUUACAAAAUCAUUAAACAACAAAAGCAUUAAAAUUAUAAAUAACUUAAACUGCAUCUGUGACCUUUAAAAUUCCAGUACCAAAAUAUUUUAUACAUUUAUUUUAGUAUUAAUUGAUAUAAUUUUAUUUUGAUAAUGCUUCAAAAUUACAUCUGUUUGUAAUUUUAUAUAAUAACUUAAAAAUCGUUUUUCUAUUAUUUUGGAUAAAUUCUUGAAGUGAAAUUAUGUAGUGUUUUUUUAAUUAUUAUUUAAUUAAGUCCGAGUAUCAGUGUGUUGAAAGAUUCAUUGGAAACCAACUACUGUCAAGUCACACUGUUGUCUGUGGCGAGAUUAUUGUAGAAAACAGUAUUUGAGUUUUAAACCAAUCAAAUCAUUCCUGUAAUAUUUUGUGGUUGUGACAUUUGUGGUUUUAACAUCAGUUUGCAUUUUUCAUUACAAAGUUUUAUUUUUAUUGUUUUGGAAUGGUAUUUUAUAGUUUAGAAAGCAUUCCAUUGUAAUAUGAUUCCAUUAAACUAUAUGUUGGAUAAUAAUUUUAUUGGUAAUGUAUGCGUUGUGUAUGUGGCUUGAAGAUUUUUUUAUGCAAAAUAAUUUGUAUUAUUAUUUUAUUACAUCUGUUGGUCGCAGACAUGAAAUAGGUACUUGAUCCUUUUCAAGGUACUAUCAGGAGUUUAUGACCAUGUUAUAAUAAUUAAAUUUCUGUUACAUUCAUUACAAUAUAACAUCAUCCCAUUGGUCCAGAUGUAGCAACGGGAGUUUGUUCAAUUCUCAAUAAACGAAAACAUUAUAUCUGAUGGCGUCAUUUUAUAUGGGCAAGUCGUCUUAUUGAGCGUUAUUAUUUAUGGACCAAAAAUAAUUCCAAAUAAAGUAUGAACUUUUAGUGUUAUUGUUAGCAAGUAUGAUUCAAAUUUAAUUGUACAAUGAAUGUAAAAUUUUAAAGAAAUAACAGACAAUCCUUAAAGAUUUUUGGCAAAUAAAAUAUUUUUUAUAUUAUUGAAUUUACAUUUUACUUACAUUUUCUUGCUUAGAAUAUGAAUAUAACUCUAUAACAAAUGCAGUUGUGGACAUUGUAAAGUUUUGUAGGAUAAAAUAUUUUAAUAAACUAUAAAAUAAUGUAAUAAUAAACUAUAAAAUAAUGUAAUAAUAAACUAUAAAAUAUUGUAAUAAUAGACUAAAAUAUUGUCAGACACUCGCUAAAAAAAGAAGAAAAUGAGUUAAAUGUUGAUCUUCAUGAUGAAUUGAAGUGUUCUAAUUUUUGUCAGAUAUCCUGGCUAUUAAUAUAAUUUAUUGAUGAAAUUCCUAAAUCAAAAUUCUGGCUUUAUGUCAAAUGAUUACAUGAAGACACUGUGUUUAGCUUCACAUGACAUUAGUAUAGCCAAGAACCUUCAGAGAAUAUUCUUAGCAAGGAACUGCAACUUUUAAUGAGAAAUGAUAUACAUGUAAAGGGAUAUAGUGCCUAUCUUAAGUUUAUUUUACAACAGAAUGAGACUGGAAACCUGGCAGCAAUUUUAAAUUUCUUUUUAUUCUGUCUGUUGUCAGGGAUAACUUUAUGGCAAAUAUAUAAACAACUUAUUUGAAACCAUACUUUAAUGAACAAUACAUUAUUUAGGGAUAGUUUGCGUUAAUGUUUGAUAGGCUUGAGUGUAGGUUAGUCUUGUAAUAGCUUAAUUUAGAAGAUGUUUUAUUAUUUAAUUCUUUACAGCACAUGAAAUCUGAAUUGGCACACUAAACAGUAUACAUUUAUGGUUUCCCCAGUAUUUAAUUUUUUUUUUAAAUAAAAAAGAAAACUCGAAAGUAUUCUACAAAAUAUCCCUCGUCAAUUUUGGGAAACAACUGAAUCUUUAUAACAUAUUUUCAAAACUUUUAUCUUUUUGUCCUGUAUUCAAAAAGUUGGUUUUAGCUAUAAAUGUAUAUGCCGUUAUAUGUGUUGUGAAGUAAAGGAACUUUAAAUCCUGGAAUGUUAUUAAAAUUAAUCAUUCAUGUUGUCAAUUUUCAUAGACAUCAUAUAUGAUUAAAUUUGUUUUGUGAAUGUAUUUUGUGUGAACUAUUACAUUUUACUGUAUGCUUGUAAAGUCAUAUAUAGACUAGAAGAAUAUAACAAAUUCUAAAUGUUUGAAAUUUUAUACAUGUACUUGUAAAUACUGACCUUGUUGUACAGGGUUUUUAUUUUUUGUUGAUUUUUUAUGGUCGUCCAAGCUAAUUGUAUACCCUCCGUGUAGAUAAAACGUUAUUUAUUAUACACUUUUUACAUGUACACGUGCGAAAGGUGUUAGCAUUGGAUGACCUUUUUUUACAAUGUAUCUCAUUCACAAUUCAUUAGUGCAAUUUCACAUACGUUCCAUGUCAUACAUAGUUACCACUGUAUCACAGGAAAUAGAUAUUUUAUGCUUUGAAGCUUCUUAUGAACAUUGUAUUACUAUUGCAUUUUAUAUCAUGUAUACAGGAUUUCUUCUUGGGUAUCCAAUACAUUAUUAAAAUUAAUUAUAAACUAUUGAAGAACACAAA